AUGGCUCAAACAGGAAAGCAUGCGCUCAUAUUUGGAGCUUCUGGAAUUUCCGGAUGGUCUCUCAUGAACCAAACCCUCCAAUACCCCACCCCGACGACCUUUGCCCGCGUGACUGGUCUGUGCAACCGACCAUUCGGCAACAGGAACGCUUUCCUCCCCGAUAAUGAACGCGUCAGGAUUGUUUCGGGCAUUGACCUGACACAGUCUGUUGAGACGGUCAUGGCUCAGCUCAAGGAGAAGGUCAACGAAGUCGAGUCGGUCAAUGUGGUUUUCUUUUGUGCUUACAUCCAGACUGGCGAUUUCCAGUCGCUGCGCAAGGUCAACACCAAUCUCCUCCAAACGGCUGUUGAGUCCAUUUCCGCUGUUUCACACAAGCUUGAGGCGAUCAUUCUGCAGACCGGUGGGAAGGGGUACGGAUUGGAAUUUCCCGAGGAGAGACUAUCUGAAGGCCAAAAGUGGAAUUUCUCUGAGAUCCGGCCAGAUGGAAUUGUUGGGUUUGCUCCUGGGACGAACGUCAUGAACAUGGCAUAUGGCAUUGCUUUCUAUCUGACUCUGUACCGGGAGAUAAAUGGAAAGGAUGCUAAGGUUCCAUUCCCUGGUCGGCCACACGGCUAUAAUACUCGCCACACCGACACCUUCCAAGAUAUUCUUGCUAAGAUGGAGAUUUUUGCCGCUCUCAACCGUGACAAAUGUCCUAAUGGAUCAAGCUUCAACUGUGGAGAUGGAGAACCUGUUACCUGGGCUCAGGUUUGGCCCGGAAUUUGCUCUUACUUUGGCCUCUGUGGCGUUGAGCCAGAUGGAAAGCAGAAAAACAUGGAGGAUUUCGUCUCAAAGGCAAAGAAGACCUGGGACCGCUUGGUCGAGACUCACAGCUUGAAGAAGGGCCUCAUUGAGUCCCAGAACUGGGGCCAUGCUAACUUCAUGCUUGUCGAUUUCGACUUUCCCCGGGAGUAUUCUCUCGAGGCGGCUCGAUCCAUUGGUUUCAACGAGCAAAUUGAUACCGUUCAGGGUUAUCGGACUACAUUUGACAGGAUGAAGUUGACGAACACCAUGUCAUCCGAAGAAAACAUUCCAUCUCCUUUGACAGCUCGUUUCAGUCUCGGUGGCCGAGUGAUUUUAGUAACUGGUGGUGGUCGUGGAAUUGGCAUGGCGCUGUCGAAAACUUGUUUGGAUGCUGGUGCCACCGUAGUGGUCACCGACGUUCUAUCCGAGCCUGAUCCCACAUUUCUCGAGUGGCGGAAUAGGAAUCCAAAACAACUUCUCUACUACCGUUGUGAUCUGACUAAGAAGGAGGAGGUCGAAUGCACUUUUGCCAACAUCCUUGAGAAGCUACAUUACAUCCACGGAAUAAUCACGGCAGCCGGUAUCUGUGUUGACAAGCCAUUCGUGGAGCAUAAGUGGGAAGAUAUUCAGAAACUCCAAGCUGUGAAUGAGACAGGAACAUUCUUUGCGGUGCAAAAUGCUGUGAAGAAUAUGAAGCAGCACGCUAUUAAGGGAAGCGUCUUGAUGAUUUGCUCACAAUCAUCGCAGCAUGUCUGCCCUGGUCAUCUACUGACUGCCUAUGCGGGAAGCAAAGGGUUUGUAUUCUCAAUGGCAAGAAGUCUGGCUCACGAGCUAUCUUCAGAUGGAAUUCGCGUGAAUACCGUUUCUCCUGGAUACAUUGCCACCGACAUGAAUCUCUCGAUUGCCACUCAUCGACCCGAGUUGUUAAAAAUUUUCCAUCAGGCGCCACCCCUUGGGCGUGUCGGGACACCAGAAGACCUUCAGAUGGCUGCAUUGUAUUUAUUAAGUGAUGCUUCCUCUUAUGUCACUGGGCAAGAUCUUGUUGUCGAUGGAGAGAGAAGGAAGGAAGAGAAGAAGGUCGAGUGGGUGGAGAAGUGA